CACGCCGGGAGUUGUAGUCCGCUUCGUACGGCGUUGCCAAGUCUCCGGAAGUGGAAGUGUAAGAGGCCGGGCCGACUUGGCUCUGGCUAGCGGGACUGUGCUCUGGGGCGAUAUUCCCAGGCGGGUCAUGAACGGACCAGCGGACGGCGAAGUGGACUACAAAAAGAAAUACAGGAAUCUGAAGCGGAAACUCAAGUUCCUCAUUUACGAACACGAGUGCUUCCAGGAGGAGCUCAGGAAGGCGCAGAGGAAAUUGCUGAAGGUUUCCCGGGACAAGAGUUUCCUUCUAGAUCGACUUCUGCAGUAUGAGAACGUGGAUGAAGAUUCUUCCGAUUCCGAUGCCACUGCAUCUUCAGAUAACAGUGAGACCGAGGGGACGCCCAAGUUGUCUGACACACCAGCCCCCAAGAGGAAGAGAAGCCCUCCAAUGGGGGGUACCCCAUCCCCUUCCAGCCUCUCCUUGCCUCCUUCAACAGGAUUUCCCCUGCAGCCCUCUGGAGCUCCCUCCCCAUACCUGAGCUCGCUGGCUUCUCCCCCUUACCCCCCAUUCCCUUCUGACUACCUGGCCCUGCAGCUGCCUGAGCCCAGCCCCCUGAGGCCCAAGCUGGAGAAACGGCCCCGCCUACCCCGGAAACUCAAGAUGGCUGUAGGACCCCCUGACUGCCCUGUGGGUGGGCCACUGGCCUUCCCUGCCAGGGGUUCUGGGGCCAGUGUUGGGGCAGCCCUGACCCCCCUGCCUCCUCCCAAGAUGCCCCCCCACACGAUCCUGAGCACCGUCCCUCAGCAGAUGUUCAGCGAUACAGGCAGCGGGGAUGAUGCCCUGGACGGAGACGAUGACCUAGUAAUCGACAUCCCAGAGUAGCCACCCAGUGCUGCCAGCCAAGCCUGCACCGUGUUCCUGCCAUGCCAGCACACUGGAGCCCACUUCCUCAAGAGAUGUUUAUUGAUGCCCAGUUGCCAUGCUUCGGCCACUGACACAAUCAGAAAAGGCGUAAACAUGCACAAAUGUCCCCGAGGAAGGUGGCAGAGGCCUGCCCUCACAUCCCAGCCCCAUCCAGGGGACAGUUAUUUAAAUGGGUGGCCAAGAGGAUCUGCCACACCUUAGGGAGGCAGAGACCCUGUGGAGGCCACUCCUUUAGAAGAGCAGCUGAGCAGGGCUGGGCCUUUUAACGAAGGCUCUGUAUUAAAGGGUUGGCUCUUUC